AUGGCGGCCGACGGGCCAGAGAGAGGGGAACGAGGCGUCUGUAGAGGACAGGAGGCGCUCAGAACGGGGACAGAGGGGACAGAAGGGUGUGCAGCAGGGGGCUGUUCGGAGACAGGAGCGGUGGGGGAACGAGAGGAGACGAGCGGGGCAAUGAGCCGAUCGCCGGGAGAAGGAGCACGGCUGGUGAUUCGGCGGGGAAUUCCACGGGACGCAACAGGACGGGAAGUGGCCGCUCUAUUUUUCUUUGCACGGGGAUGCACCGGGACAGCGGUAGGGCGGUUGGGCGCCGCAGUGACAGAGGAGGGUACGGAGAAGUCAGGACAGAGUCAGGCAACAGCAUAUUUUGAGAGUAGAGGAGCCGCACGAGCAGCACAGGCAGCGCUGGAGGCGCGGGGAUGGGCCGGGAUGGGAGGAGAGGCGCUCGAGACAGAGAUCCAGGCGGUGCAGGGAGAGCCGGCGCCGGGCGGGAUGCAGCCGGCGCAGGCGGCGGCGCACCACCCGCAGACAAGCCGGCUGGCACAGUACUGCGGCGGAGCGUUAGACCCAAAGACGGGGGACUGGAUGCAGGCGGUAUGCGGGGUGCCGUACGCGUAUGGAGUGUAUGGGGGGCACGGGGGGUCGCCGGGGCACGGAGAAGGCAAUGCAGAGCUAUGGCCGGUGUCGCCGGGGUGUGUAGGGAGUGUGGGGAGCAGCGGAGCAGCAGAAGCAGAGGAAUGGCGGCUCCAAGCGGAGGGGACGGCGGGGCAGUCGCCGCGGCAUAAGGGGGAGCGGCAGCGGUUGCUGCCGCAGGGACAGACAGGGCACUUUGUGCCGAGCUCACCAAAUGGAUAUGUAGUGAGCCCGAAGAUGCAGCCGCUGGUAAGCGGGAUGGGAGGGUUACAGCUAGGGCAGCUGGGACAGGUCGGGCAGGUAGGGCAAAUAGGGCAGAUAGGGGGACUUGGGGGCGGACAGCCGUAUUUUGUGAAUGCAGUGAGCACGGGGUGUGGCUACGGGCUUGGAAGCCAUGUGCGGGGGGGGAUAGGGGGAGUGGCAGGGGUAGGAGGGGUGGGAGGGGUUGCAGGGGGUGUUGGGGGGGUAACGGGGGUUCCUGGGGGGAUAACGUUUAGCACGAACCCGGCGGACCAGAAUCCGCCGUGCAAUACGCUAUACGUGGGGAAUCUGCCUUUGAGUACGUCGGAAGAAGAGCUGCGGAACCUGUUUUCGCGGCAGCCGGGGUACCGGCGGCUGUGCUACCGGACAAAAUCGAAUGGGCCGAUGUGUUUUGUGGAAUUUGAGGAUGUGGGAUAUGCAAUGAAGGCGCUGGGGCUGCUACAGGGGGUAUGUUUGUCAAGUUCGGUGAAGGGGGGGAUUCGGCUGAGUUUUAGCAAAAAUCCUCUGGGGGUGAGGAGCAGUGGGGGGGGGAAUGUGCUGGUGGGCCACUAUGGGGUGCAGGCGAAUGGGUUUUCGCCAUCGCUGCAUGCACACUCGGGGUUUGCGGUUCCUGCGGUUCCUGCGGUUCCGUCGGUUGCGUCGGUUCCGUCGUCGGUGUGGACGGGGGGAUAUUGGAAAAAAGACAAAGGCGAGAGAAGCCUGCAUACCUGUUGUGAUGUUUGUUUGUCAGUGUCUGGUCAGUUGUCAGUUUCUGGUCAGUUUCUGGUCGGUAUUCUUUGCUAUAUAUAUGAUACAUUUAUGAUACAUUGGACCCGUCCAAUAUGUGUACGUGGUGUCCGUGUACGCCCAUGUCGUAUACUUUAUGCCGCUUUUGCAGGAGCGUUGCCAGAGCGACAGCCAACGUCAAAAAAAAUCAGAGAUGCGCAGCAGGCGAUCUUUUGGUCUAGAUGGGCUGUAGACCCGGGUUAAAAGGAUGUCUUAGGCAAUGACGUCGUCUUUUCGUUCACUGAAAAUCUCUUUUUCCGC